AUGGAAUCCCCGCGAUCGGUCUGCUCCGAGGCUUCCAACGUGAGCGCGGCGUCGCGCGUGCCGGCCUCGAUCGCCGGCGCAUCCCGGGACGAGCUGCAGCGCAAGCUGCUGGAGCUGCUGAAGCGGCUCAAGGCCAGGGACGCCAAGAUCAAGGAGGGUUCGGCCAGGUUGCAGGCGGGCGCAGACCAGCUCGCGUCGGCACAGCGCGAGGUCAAGCGGCUGAGGGACGAGGCCCGGGACAGGGACGCGCGUUGGGAAAGGGAGCUGGCCGACCUGAGGGCGGGCGCCAGGGAGGCGGAGGAGGCCAAGUCGCUGGUGGCGUCCCUGAAGGCGGGGCUGGAAGGGAUGGCGGAAGAAAGAGACGCGGCUUAUGCAAAGAUCUCCGAAGGGAAGGAGAACGUGUCCGCGCUGGAGGAGGGCCUGUCCCUGGCGCAGGCGCGCGCCAGGGAGGCGCAGGCCAGGCUGUCGGAGGUCGAGGGGGAGGCCCGGCGGUGGAGGGAAGCGGCGGGGAGGCUGGGGGAGCUGGAGCGCGGGCUGGGGGACAGGGCGGAGGCCCUGGCAUUGGCAGAGGCGCGCCAGGAGGCGCUGGAGCGGCAGCUGGCGGACGGGCGGGAGGCGAUGGAGGCGAUGAAGGCCGCCCAUGCAGAGGCGCGGGAUGCGGCGAGAAAGAGGAUAACGGACCUGGAGGGGCAGGUGCGGGAUGCGAUGAAAGGGGGGGAGGCGGGGGGCGGGCUGGAGGCGGCGAAGGCGAGGGUGGGUGAGCUGGAGGGGCGGGCGGCCGCCCUGAGGGAAGGGGGCGGGGGAGGAGAGUCCGGGGCAUCCGCGUAUGUGGAGGAGCUGGAGGCCAGGGCGAGGGAGCGGGCGGAGCAGUGCGCGGAGGUGGAGAAGAGGCUGGCUGAGGUCCAGGGAAAAUUGGAGGAGCAGAAGCGAUAUGCAGAAGCCCUGCAGGGCACCGUGGAGUCUCUGCAGUCGCAGCAGCAGCAGCUGAUUGCGUCUGAGAAGGCUGCCAACUCGCAAAGGGGUCAGAAAGCGGCGGAGAUCGAACAGCGCGGCAAGAAGGUGGAGGCCGAUCUGCAGGGACAACUGCAGGGCGUGAAGCAGAAAGUGGCAGAGGCAGAAGAGCGAAGCGACGAGUUUAGGGAGCUGACGGCGGAAAGGCUGGUUGCUGAGAGCCCCAGGAAGCGCUUGGAUGCAAAGGCACAUGAACUAGAGGUGGCAGCGAAGAGUGCAGUGGGCAAGCUGGAGAAAGAAGGAGAGCAGCAGAAGCAGCUGACCAGGGAACUAGGAGACCAUGAGGCCCAGCAAAGUGCCCUACUUGAGAAAUCUCAAUCGCAUGAGCAGCAGUGCAUAAAGCUCACAGAAGAACUCGCAGAUUGCAAGAAGAAGUUCGCUGCGGCAGCAAGAAAGAUGCAACAGGAGCAGCAGAACACAAUGGGGGAGCUUCAGACUCGCAUAAAACAUCUGGAGGCUGAGAAAGCCCGAUCAUCGAGGCUGGAGAAGGAGGCCAGCGCAGCAGAGAAACUGCUCAAGGAGGCGCGAUCGACAGUGCAUGAACGUAGCGAUGCACUUGGCAGCCUUCAGUCACAGAUGGAGAUGGCGAAAUCCGAGUGCAGCAAGCUGCAAGAGAGUAAGGCAGCUGCCUCUAAGCUGCAAGUGCAACUGGAGAGAAAAUCGCAUGAGCUUGUGGAGGCUCGGCAGGAGGUCGACCAGCUGAAAGAGGCCUCAGAGGGUGACAAGGAAAAGAUGAAGAGGGGUGUUGUCGAACUGAAGAAGAGACUGGACAGGGCACGCAAGGAAGAGGUUGAAGCUGCAGGGCAGCGGGGCAGGCUAGAGGCGGAGAUCGAAUCGCUCAAGAGGGAACUGAACAGUGCCAGACAGGAAGUGGAAAAGGGUGCGGCCGACUUGAAAGAAUAUCGUGCCCGUGCACACGCCCUUCUGAAAGAGAAGGAAGCAGAGCUGGCACGACUGCGGUUGGAGCUUGAGUCCCAGACGAAAGUGGACGAAGGGCUGGAGGUGAUCAAAGCUGAGCUGGAGGUUGUCCAGGUCGAAAGAGACCAGUUCAAGGCUGAAGUUUCUGAGUCUGAAGGUCGAUUUCAGAGCCAUCUGGACGAAAUCACGGCCGAUUUCCAGCAGCAGCUGGAUGCCAAGAGUGGCGAGGCCCUGGGGUAUCGGAGUGCUGCUAUUCAGAAGGAGCUGCAGGAGAUCAAGUCGGAGUUCAAGGCCUACAAAGGCACAGCGGAGCAGCUUGGUGAAGCCAAGGAUGGGGAGCUCUCUCGACUAUUGGAGAUCAACGCUGAGCUGAGGCAGCAGCUAAAGGUCUCCAAGACCAGUCCUAUUGUGCCUGAAACACCGGAAUCCAAUGUUGGAGAAGACGAUGCUGCUGUGGGGGCCAACCCUCCUGAUGUCAGCGACGAUUUCGAGUUUGGGACCUUUCUGAAUGACCAUGCGCUGGCAGCGCCAGUGACAAGUCCCACAGCUCAAAGCACCCAAGAGACACCUGUCGCUGCCAUGGAGGGGACCAUUGGAGACUCACAAAUACUCGCCCUGGCCCAGAAGCAGGCCAUGCGAGAUGAAGCGUUGUCGGCAGCUGAAAGGAGGAUAAAGGAAUUGGAGUCAGAGGUGACGGAGCUGGAGCGAGAACUGAGGCUUAGACAGGAGCAAGAGAGCGUCUUGAAAGCAGCGGUGCGCGAUGCGGAUCGGCUAAGACAGCAGCAGGAGAAGAUCGCCAGCGCUGGUAGCCUGGACAUAGAGUACUUGAAGAACACGGUGAUAAAGCUUAUGGAGACAGGGGAGGCGGAGGUGCUCCUGCCUGUGCUGUCCAAGUUGCUGGGCUUGUCUGCAGAUGAGGAGGCUCAUUGCCGAGGGGCCAUCAUUGCACUGAAGGAGAGCAAGACGAGAACACAAGGCAAGGCGUUUGGCUUGAGACAGAGGCAGCAUGGCAGGCCCACGAGCGUCGAGGUGGGCGCCGAAGGCAGAGGUGCGGCGGAAGGCAGCGGCGGCGCCCCUUUGAGCUUCCUGGAGGAGUUCAUGGUGGAUCAUUCGCGAGAUGACGAAAUCGCCAUUGGCGGCAAGUGGAAGGGCCCCAAGUCGAUCAAGAAAAGGAAACGGCCCGAGGACAGCGUUUCAGACAGCGUGGAGGGAAAUCCGUAUGGUUUAGAAUUUUUCGGCCCUGAAGAUUUCGAGGCUCUCAGCCCACCGGACUUGCUCCCCCCCAAAUCCGCCAGGCCAUCAACAGAGCAUCCAAGAAUUGAGGAAGCCAAGCGGAUUAUUUUUGACCAGAUGAGUCAUCAGGCUGAUGAAUUCCUUCGGCAGGCGAAGGAGCAGGGUUCGCUGUCCGAUGCGGACAUCAAGGAACUUGAGGCAAAGCUCGGGGCCAUGGACUUUGCUGAAUGGUCCAGUAUUGAUGAGCACCCAUUCGUGUUUGCGGACCUGCCUGACGAGGGUGACUGCAUGGAACGGCUGCAGGCCGAGGGGCUGUCACUGGUCGAACAGCUCAAUCGCCGAUUUCGCGCUCCUGGCUACAUUUGGUUCGAAGAGGAUGAGCAUGGCAUGCCAGUGGUGAAGUUGGCUCACAGGGAUGGGCAGGAGGUGACAGUACAGCUCCAUGGCGCGAACAUAACGUCGUGGAAGCGGGUGGACGGGGAGGAGGCGAUAUUUGUCCGGCCAGACGCCACUUUUGACACGAAUGUGCCCCUCAACUCUGGAACACAGUUUGUAUUUCCACAGUAUGGACCCGGUACCCUUCCAAAAGAUGGGCUGGUGAAUAACGCGUUUUGGGAAGUUGUCGCAACAGAAAUCGGGGUGGAUUGGAUACCGGAUCCUGCCCCUGCUGUCAUCCUCCGCUGUAGCGACACCGAGGAGACCAGAAAAGUGUGGCCCCACAAGUUUGAAAUAUUCUACAAGAUCACAAUCGGUGAGGCAGACGACUUUCCAAGUCCCAUCCCAAGCCAGGCAGAGAUUGAUGAAACGUACAAGGUGGACAGAAGUGCAGAGGAAGAAAAACCGGUCAAGGGACCACCAGCUCAACCUGAAGAGGAUGCUGACGAUGACAUAAAAAGUCUCACGGGUGGCAAAGAUAAAUUCCCAACUCAGCUGAGAAUGGAAAUCACGGUGAAAAAUUUAGGAGAUGAGGACAUGGAGUUCAUGUGUGCCCUGAAGCCGCAUUUCAAAGUCAAGGACUUGUGUUUUCAUCGCAUGGUGGUAAACACGCUCGGGCUGUGUGGAAAAGACUUUUUUGACUACACCGUGACCCCUGGACGACCACGACUGAGGGCAGAUGAAUGGGAUCAUUUGUACUUUGGAGCCGGGGGUCGUGGAAUCGACCGCAUCUAUGUUGAUGCCAGCGAAGGCGAUCUCUACUUCUGCCCUGGUGACCGUGUGCAUUAUGAGUUUAAGUUACGGGAUGGCUUCAGGGAUGUGGUUGCAUGGAACCCUGGCGAUGAGGACAUCGAGACAGCGAUGUGGGCAAGAUACUGUGCAGUCCUUUCGGGGGCACGCAUUGCACGGCCUGUCAGAUUGAAGCCAGGCAAGGAGUGGUAUGCGGACCAGGCCAUUCGCUUCCAUCAGCAGUAUUGGCGUGAGCCAGUUUUCGGAUACUCUGAAGAUGUCCCACCUCCCAAGUUCCCUGACAUGGAUGCGCUGGGUGACAACGACGAAUAG